UUUUUUUUUUUUUUUUUUCUUUAGUGUUUAUCACAAAAUGUAUCGCAUUCUUUACCGUGCUUUCUGCACUGCCGCAGAACCAGCAACAGUGAGCAUCAAGUCUAUUUCGGAGGAUUUACACAAUGAAGUAAAGUUAAAAAGGUUGGUGAAGAAAUUCAAGAAAGCUUCCGAUAUUGACCGGUUCCGCAAAAAAACCAGCAUUUACGAGGAGACAGUGUGGCGUCUCGCCCGUGUCAAGCGCUUUCGGUGCAUUCGCGACAUCCUCGAACACCAAAAACAGUAUUCCGACAUUUACAACGAGGAUUUCUCUGUGCGCCUAAUAUCCCUUUAUGGCAAAUCUGACAUGCCCAAACACGCCCGCAUGGUGUUCGACGAAAUGCCCCACCGAAAGUGCAACCGCACCGUGCUCUUUUUCAAUGCCCUCUUGGACGCAUACCUCCACUCCAAGAAGUUCAACGUCGUGGAUGAGCUUUUCAAGACCCUCCCCACUCAGCUCUCAAUCGAGCCUGAUUUGGUGUCGUACAACACUCUCAUUAAGGCUUUUUGUAAAAAUGGUUACUUUGAUUCGGCACUGUCAGUGCUUAAGGAGAUGGAGGAGAAGGGUGUGAAUCCUGAUUCCAUUACGUUUAACACUUUGCUUGAUGGGUUGUACUCAAAGGGUAGUUUUGAAGAUGGUGAGAAAGUGUGGGGGCAAAUGGGUGCUAAGAAUGUUACUCCUGACGCGAGCAGUUAUUGUUCUAAGUUGGUGGGGUUGGUCAGGGAGAAAAAAGCUGGUGAAAUUGUUGAGUUUUUUAGAGAAAUGGAGAAAAAAGCUGGUGAAGCUGUUGAGUUUUUUAGAGGAAUAGAGAAGGUGGGUGAGAUGCGUGACCAAAUUUGUAUCGAUGUUAUGAUCAAUGCUGCCAUGAAAGGUUUUGUGAAUGACGGUAAUUUGGAUAAGGUCAAGAAGUUGGUUUUAGAGAUUACAAACUUUGAUUUUGACCUUCAUAAAAGCACUUACUCUAUUUUUGUUCCGUUCCUUCGUGAGAAGGGUGAUUUGGAGACCGCAUUUCGUUUGUGCUCACAUAUUUCAAAACAAGGGGGCCGUGUUGAUGUAUCGUUGAUGCAACUUUUGGUGGAUAAGCUGGUGGAUGAAGGCAUGAUUUCAAUUGCGAAGUACAUAGUGGAGAUAGAGAAAAAGAAUUAUAGACUAAAUUUUCUUGAAGCAGAAUAGAGUUAUGUUAGUUCUUAGUUGCACUCUAUUAUUGGUCUUGUAAUUUGAUUGGUUUUGUUAUGAUGGUGAUUAAGAAAUUGUCAAUAAUGGCUUUUGUUUGUUUGCGUUUAUUAUAAGUGAUUUAUUUAAUGUGAAUAUCUUUUUCUCUCAA